AUGGCGAAAUCAAAAACAAGAGAAGCAGGAGGAGCAAGCUCCAGCAGCAAGAGCAGAGAGAAGCCAUUGAUGAUCCCGAAUUCAAUUAAUUUCUUCUCAGAGUUGGAAGUAAAUGCAAUAGAGCUUCUCGUGCAACUCGGCGGAUCAUCGUGCUACAACGGCCGCAGCACUGAAGAAGAAAGCGAUGGCAAAAGCAGAGCACCUCCUCCUCCCGGCCACGGCCUUCGUCGUCGUCCUUCAAAUACGAAACAUUAUCUGAAGAUGGAGACGAAGAGGAAGAUGUAUUGA